AUGUCUGAUCUUCACGACUUGUGUAAAUUUGCUAGUCGGCCCAUCACCCAAAAAGCCGUGGAUGACCUCAAAUACUACUUGAAGGCUGGCAUUCCCGCCACCUAUACCAUAGAAGAGGCGUACAAUUACAUGAAUGGCAUCGAAGAAGGUGGAGCUACUACCACUACAACUCCCCUCCACCUUAUAGCCACGCAUGUUCCAAAAGAUCUUUCUGAAGAGGAAAUGAAUAUCGUCAACGAUAUGGUUACGAUUCUUUUUGAAUACGGCGCUGGCUGGUGCUUGACGGAUGUGAAUAACGACACCCCAGGCUGUAUCUUCAUCAACAGAGGCAUGAGGGAUACUCCGUUGUAUAAUCAGAUUGUUGAUGCUGGAGUUCGUGCCGAGCUCCUAUUGCGUAAGGUCAGUGAGUUUGACAUGGAGGUGCUCAGUGAUGAAGAAGCUCUUGAACUAGCAGCUCGUCAAGAAGAGGCUGGAGAGAAUGCUGCUGAAGAGGACACUGAGGAGAAAGCUGAAACCAAGGAAGGGGCUGAAACUAAGGAAGCCGAGAAAGAAGCCGAAACCACGGAACUGAACGACACAAAUGAUCCCUCAUUCAACCAAAAGGCUUACCUCGAAUCCAAGCUACAAUACAAGGACGAUGCCUUGGUCACCGAAGAGGGCAAGGAUGGCGUCAUGAUGUCGUGGGAAACGGAUCUCAUGAAGCUUGGAAGUGAGUCCCUAUUUAAAAACGCCGAAGACUCCAAGGACACUAACAUUCUCAACAUCGGUUUUGGCAUGGGUAUCAUCGAUGGCAUGAUCAACGCCAAGAACCCUACAAAACACUAUAUCUGUGAGGCCCACCCUGAUGUACUUGCAAAGAUGAAGGCUGACGGCUGGUACUCCAAACCUAACGUUGUUAUUCUCGAAGGUCGCUGGCAAGAGCUGCUUAACCACUUGCUUAGUUCUGGACUGGUGUACUUCGACGGUAUCUACUACGACACCUUCUCCGAACACUACCAGGAUAUGCUUGAGCUUUUCGACUUUGUCGUUGGCCUCCUCAAGCCCACCGGUGUCUUUUCCUUCUUCAAUGGUCUCGGUGCAGACAGACAGGUGAUUUACGAGGUUUACAAGAAGUUGGUUGAAAUCGACCUCGGCAACUACGGUUUGAAGACGGAGUUCAAGGAGGUUGAGGUUCCGCAGGAGACUAUGACGAAGGGCGAUGCUAAGGAUGAGAGCGUCUGGGACGAGAUUAGAAGACCCUACUGGCUGUGUCCCGUGUACUACCAUCCUGAGGCCACCUUCCACGAUAUCUAG